CACUAUCUCUCAGGUCUCAGGACUUUCUGCUGUGGUUCUAGUACCUGCAUAAGACACACUCAUCUUCUGAAGGAUGGCUGGGACUCAUACUGUCCUGCUCACACUGCUGCCCACUGUCCUCGUUCUAACUGUGUUGGCUGGGGUGGAAAGUGCAGCUGUUAAAGAUGUAAAAGACAGUAAACCUCAAGCAGGAGCAUUUAAACGAGUUUUCAUGCCAGCAUCUGAUGCCUCAAACUUCUUCAAACGCCGCGGUCGCAGAUCCCCAAGAACUUAUGAAGAGUACUAUGAAUAUACAGUUCUUUAUGGAAGCUUAUUUCUUCUGGAGCUUUUGAGGACGUCUCCUGAGAGAGCAACCGGAAAAAGUGCAGGAUUGCAAGGAUAG